UAACUCCCAUUGCUUUUCUUUCGUUUUCGUUUCCCGGAAGAGUUGGAUGUGAAAGUUUUGCUUCUUCUUUUGUCCAAAUCUCAUUUUCACUUUUAAAACGAACUUUUUUCCUUACACGCAUGAUCUACUUUGUGGGAUUUCACUCCUAUCCUGUGCUUCAUUUCUAUUCUGAGCGUUACCUUGUGUACCGGGUCUUUUCGUAAGGUUACAGCCUCAUGUCUACAGGACAGACAGUUGCUCCUCUACAACAGGAAGAUCUCUUGGAUUUACCUGGGAGACUGAGGAUAAAUCCAUGUCUGUGGGACAAAGAAGACGUGACUCACUGGCUCCACUGGGCUCACAAGGAAUAUUCCCUGAAACGACUGGAGAAGGGAUGUUUCGAGAUGAACGGUCGAGCCCUGUGUCUGCUCACCAAAGAGGAUUUCAGACUCCGCAGCCCAAACUCGGGGGAUGUUCUGUAUGAAAUUCUUCAAUGUGUAAAACAUUACAGGAGCGGCCCUCUCAGUCCCACACAAAAUGUCUCCGUUCCAAAAACUGUCCAGGGUCAGGGUCAGAAUCCAGUCAGCUACCAGUUCAAGACUUCUAACAUCAUAAUCAAACCCCAGCCGACAACAGUUGCAGACACGAAGGGUGUCUCUACCAUGUCCCGCACUCAGACCCAAAGCUGCAUUCAGGAGCCUCUGAAUCUGUCCAACGGAGGCCCCCGCCAGAGCGAUCUGCAAAUAGCUGACGGUCGAAUUCCAGAGAGCAAACUUCUGUGGGAUUACGUUUACCAACUGCUCUGUGACCAACGCUAUCGGGACUACAUUCGCUGGGAGGACCAGGACAGUCUGGUAUUCAGGGUAGUCGACCCAAACGGGCUGGCCAAACUGUGGGGACGCCACAAGAAUAGAAAACACAUGACGUAUGAGAAAAUGUCUCGCGCUCUGCGUCACUACUACAAACUCAACAUCAUCAAAAAAGAACAAGGACAAAAACUACUCUUCAGAUUCCUAAAACUUCCUCACGACAUCAAGAAACUACAGCUGGAUCUGCCGGAGUCGCCAGGAUGCAGUCCACCUCGGGACCAGGAUUUCCAAGAGACCAGUUUCACUGAGGAAUACAGCCAAGACCGAAUUGAGGUUUCUGCUGGUCGCAUUUCCCCAAAACGUGCUCUAGAUGGAGCUGUUGUCAGAUAGAAACCGCCUUUACGCGUUCUACAAAUAACUUUGAAUUUUGUAUUAUUAAAAAUAUAUAGAUACGCCAUAUAGAAAAAGCAUAGAGUUGGCAAAUGAGUUUAUUAUUAGCUUCGAACACAAAUGCUUAAUUAAAUGUAUAUGACGAAGAGGUUUCUGUGAUAUUUCUAAAUAUUGACAGGACAUGAGCUAAUUCGGAGAUUUUUUUUUAUUCCUAACUUGAUCAUCUUGUGUCUGCGUGUAAAAACAGUAAAUAGUAAACAUAUAAAAAAAAAUCGCUGGUUUAUAUUAAAGAGUUUUUUUUUCCUGUAAUAAUUUAUUCUGUUAGAGUUAGACACCGAGUCAGUCGUGAUCAGAGCAAACCCUUAAGAAAAGCCAAAACGGAUAUCACUUCAUAACAAUCACAACAAUCGUCAAGUUUCAGCAAGAGGACACAAUUAGUUUAUUCUGUCAAUGCCAAAAAAA